AGAUCAAUGCAGUAUGGUGGCAUUGGAGAAACUCUGGGUCACGAAAUCAUGCACUCCUUUGAUGAUGCGCACAUCAGCAUUACAGCUAAUUUUAAGGUUCAGCCUAGUUGGAAUUCAGCCGUUAAUGAAACCUACAUGGAAAGAACCCUUUGUUUGAUUGACCACUACAUGUCAAUGCCAUUCGAUACUGUCAGAGUAAGUAGAUGACAUUGGUCUUUAUGUAAGUAUAUUAAAAUGAUUUUCAUGUGAAUAUACUUCAUUGAAGUCCGUAUCCAAUUAUUGAGUAAUUGCGCGAUUGAAUCACUCUAGUACAGAAAUGUGUAUCAUUAAUAAAAAAAAUUCUAUGUAUCUUCAAGGCCUUUUUUUUUUAUAAAUUCAAAAGGCAAACGGCUUUUCAAGCAUAUCUGAAGACAUAUGUGAUAAUGAAGGUAUUAAACUUGCUUACAAGGCCUAC